AGGCGGGACCGAAAGGGGACGGGACGGACCGGAAGAGGCGGUAGGAAGGGAGGAGGCGGUCAUGGCGCAGCAGCGAGUGCUGCCGCAGAGUAAAGAGACCCUGCUGCAGUCCUACAACAAGCGCCUCAAGGAUGAUGUCAAAUCCAUUAUGGAUAACUUCACCGAGAUCAUUAAGACCGCUAAGAUUGAGGAUGAAACUCAAGUCUCUCGAGCAACCCAGAGUGAACAAGAUAACUAUGAGAUGCAUGUCAGAGCUGCAAACAUUGUUCGAGCUGGUGAGUCCUUGAUGAAACUGGUGUCUGACCUGAAGCAGUUCUUGAUCCUCAAUGAUUUCCCCUCUGUAAAUGAGGCCAUCAACCAGCGCAACCAGCAGCUGAGAAGCUUGCAGGAGGAAUGUGACAAGAAGUUGAUUGCGCUACGGGAUGAGAUCUCCAUUGACCUGUAUGAGCUAGAAGAAGAAUAUUACUCUUCCAGCUACAGUCUAUGUGACAGCAAUGAUCUACCACUGUGCGAAGCCUACUGGAGGGAAGACUUUGACACGCUGUCUCCUGAAAGCCUCUCCAUGCCUCUGACAACUGCCACAGCAGAGCAGAGUGUUGCUACCUCUCAGAGCUCAACCCCAUCACACCCCCACGUGAACGGGCAUGGGGCAGGCCCGACAGACCACUCCUGAAGAGGAUUCUUUGCUGCUGGACACAUUCCUCCUGGUGGCACUGAAGAAGUCUUCCACCUGCUGUGCUGAGCAAGCAUCUCCCCAUCGGGACAAUGCACUGGAGCUGUAUUUGCAGGUUUCUGCUCACUGGAUAGCCACAGUGCUUUCUCCAUGCCUGGGACAUUGCCAUGAGUGUUCCUCUCACUUAAAGUGAUAAGUGAAUACAAAGCUGAUUAUUCUAACAACUUAGAGGUAAGUUUGGUUUUCCAUGACAGUUACAUGUGGAGUUGAGUAGAAAACUAGUGUUUGUUUCCAUUUGAAUUUCACAAUAAGUACAUUGUGGAGUGCUGGUAGUUGAAUUUGGUUGGUUUAGAAAACUUGAGCCAAAUCUGAGGAUAGUAACUGUUCUGGGCCUCUUUACUCAAUUUCUUAUGUUUAGUGAUGUUCUGGCUGCUUUAAAGCUUUCUCAGGAUGCCAUCAGACAACCUGUAACACUUAAGUAGGAAUCCUGCAGUAUUUUUCACUCAGUAUUCUUCACUGUCAAAGUGCUUCACAAACUUGAACUUUUUGCUGUGAAUCGUUUAAGAGGAGGCUCUCCAGGAGACCUGUAUUGAAAAGCAGUGUUAUUCCUUUUGGGAAGCAGAAGGCAAACAGAAUCAGACUGAGGUGUUAAUAAUGUGACUUGCUGAAGGCUACGGAUAGAAGCAUGAGCACACUUUGAUUAGGCUGAUUCCAAUGGUUACACAAAGCUUUCUAUUAACAUAGCUUGAACUAAUGUUUGUAUUCUUGAACAGCUUCAUCUAAUGAAAUUUUGGACAACUUAGGUGUGUGGAACAGAGGGGGUUGCUCAGUUUCCUUCCAGAUAAUCUUGGUGCUUUGUCUGCAGCUGUUGGGCAGCGCGGUUUUUCUGCCCUUUAUCUCUGCAGUUGUUCUGAGUUGACCCUAAGAGUGCAUUGUAGGGAAUAGAGUUGGGCUGAAAUGUGGCUAUGGCAGCUGUAUUACCGACAGACAGUUCAGUAGAGCUUCCCCAGCAUUCUGCCGUAAUGUCUUGUUUGUGAGAAUGUGAGUUUGGUGUACUUUCUGUUCUACUUUCCUUCCAUUCCAUUAUUUUUUUCCUUUUUGUAAUUAGGUGGUUUAAUAAAUAAUUCUUUAAUAUCA